AAAAGACCCCUCAUUCUAGAAACCCCGAGAAGCCGAGUGACUUGCGAGGGUCACGCAAGGAGUCAGUGGGAGAGCUAUGGAGUCUAACCCAGGUCCUGAGUUCCAGAUCCAGAGCCCUUUCCGCUAUGGACCACGAAUGGCCUGGGCCUUUCCCAGGAAUUUAGUCCUAGUUCUGCUACUUGCCACUUACUGGGUGAACCUUAGAAUCUGGGCCUCUGUAACAUAUGGGGGUUGGAAUCCAAUCCAGCCGUUAGUUCUUUCUCUCUAUUGAAAUUACACGGUCUGACCUCGUAAAUCCUAGUAUUUGCUUCUUUGUGUACCAGUUUUCCUCCAUACGAUGUAAGCUCCUUGAGGGCAGGGACUUUUUUUGGGAGGGCGUGAGGCAGUUGGGGUUAAGUGACUUGCCCAGAGUCACACAGCUAGUGAGUGUCAUGUGUCUUAGGUUGGAUUUGCACUCUGGUCCUUCUGAUUCUGGGGCUGGUGCUCUAACCACUGCACCACUUAGCUUCCCUUAGGGACUUUUUGUUUUUUGCCUUUGUAACUUCAGCUCUUUGGGACAGUACUUUUUAGACAUGUAGUAGGCACAUAAUAAACGUUUGUCCAAUUGAAUGGGAUUAGAUGACCCUACUGCCCUAAAUUGUUUGGUCCUCUGGUGUACCGGGGAAGGAGCUACUGUUCCAGUCACUAUUCUACCACCACAAAACUAAAAGGAUAAAAGGUUAGUUAUGGUUUGAGGUCCAGGUCCUCUGAACUUUGGAUCACUGCUCACUUCAGUUAUCCUGCUGCCUGGUGAUGUCAGCACAGCACACUUCACAAAAAGGGGCCAAUGACCUGCUUGUUUGGUCUCACUACUCAAUGUAUCCUCAGUUCUGUCAACUCUGCCCUUAGGCAUUGGUAUUGGCAGUGGCUUCUUCAUCAUGGCCACAGAGAUUCCAUCAGGACAAAUAGGGUGAAGAUCCUUAUUUCUGUUGGAUUGAAAUUCCAAAAUCUAGGUUUGGUGACCUGUCAACCCCCAGGGAACAUGGAAAAGAGAAGUCAAGGCUUCCCUUGGCCUUCUGAAAAAGUUUCAAGGGAGCCAUUUCAAUACAGAUCAACUAUCUCUAGCUCAGAUCAGAAAUUAUCCUUUUCCUGCUUUCUCACAAAUCCACAAUAUGGCUGCCUAAUGCACUCAGAUGGCCAUGGUGAAGUGUGGACAGACUGGAAUGAUAUGUCCAAGUUUUUCCAGUAUGGAUGGAGAUGUACGACCAAUGAAAAUUCUUACUCCAAUCGUACCUUAAUGGGCAACUGGAACCAGGAGAGGUAUGACCUUCAGAAGAUUGUACAACCACAACCUCUGCCUUCCCAGUUUGGUCACUAUUUUGAAACAACCUAUGCUGCCAGCUACAAAAAGAAGCUACCUCCACCCCGAAGGUUUAAACAAGAGCUUCACUGUUUCCCUAGACAUCAAGCUGAGCUGAUUCCUCCUCCGUACAAACCUAGUACCACAGGAAAGACAGAUUACAUGGUGAAUUAUUCAGCAUCUCAAACCAAGGAAGGCCCUGGAUGUGUAUGGGAUCCUAAAGAUGGUCAAUCCUAAGGCUCAGGCACUAGGGAAACAAGACAAGCUCCUUUUUUCUAGAGUAAAAUAUAACUGGGAAUAGUUCUCUAUUCAACACAGCUAAGAAUUUUGCUUUCUGUAAACAUAGUAACUCUUCUCUGAAUAAAAAAUAAAGUCCCUAGGAAUUGGAAGCUAAUUUCUGCUGGGGUUCUCUUUCUUUCUUAACCUAAGAAGACAC